AUGAGCGCAUUUGCCGGUGCUUUGGCGCCUUCUCCAUCCCAAUCACCUGCUUCCGCCUCCGGCGCUCAGGACGCCGACGGUGGAUCGGCCAAAAAGGACUUUCAACGCUCUUUCAAGGCCUGCGAUGGAUGCCGCACCAAGAAAGUUAAGUGCGAGCUCGGUGAUCUAGCCGCACCGUCAGAGCCACCGUGUGCACGAUGUAGACGCGAGCUGCGUCCGUGCCUCUUCACCAUGUCGACCCGUGGACGCGGUCCAAAGGCACGGUCGUCCCGCUCUCAGGCCUUCGGUGCCCACCACCUGGCCAAAAACCCCCGCACGUCAUCCGCAUUCGACGCGAAUGAGGACGAUGAGCAUAGCACAGCCUCUUCCGCCAUCGACGCGCUCGCUGGCGCGGCUCUUGCGUCGCUGCCUGCCUCCGCUCUGAGGCUGCACUCGGCUCGACACGAUGUGCCCGUCUCUGCACUCGACCCUGAAGAUGCGCCGAGCAUCGGCAUGAUCUACGGUCUCAACCGCCAUGAUGGGGCGCGCGAGCAUAGCAAGCGUAGAAAGCUGUCGAAUGACUCUGAGCCAUCCGGACGCUCUGACGCUAUGGCAGAGCCCGCGGAUGAUCACGCCUUUGACGCACACACAUCCACUCGGUCUGCGAGCCCCUCUGCGGAUAGCAAUGGAGAGCCGCUCGGUCGGGUCUCACGAUUGGACUCUCUGCAGCAGUAUGCUGACGCGGGUCUGCAGCAUAGCAAAGAUGCUCUUCGGGUGCUGGCAGGCGUCGCAGCGGACUCUCGAGAGGCAAUAAACGAGGCCGACGAACGCGCCAAUCGCAGGCAGGACGACGCUAGCGUCGAAACCAUGGAAGGAGGACUCCCAGGCAGCCACGACGGGCUUGCCUCGCUUGCAGAUAGUCGAGCAGCGGAGCAAGCAGCUUCGUCAGGGGCGAUCGCAACUUCCCCGUCGACAUCCGGCCUUCGUGGAAAUGCUGGCUCUGUGCCACGAUCAGCGAUUGCCUCUAUCUACCGACCAGUGACGCCACCACCACUCAAGCAUAACUACGGCUGGAGCAAGUUUGAGCCAGUCCGCCUCAAGCUGAUCAAGCGAAGCGAGGCUCGCUACUUCCUCAACUUCUUCAUCCGCCAGAUGCACUCUUUCGCUCCACACUGCUCGCCUCACCUUCUCGACAAGUCACCUGAAGCGUUGUCCGAGCUGGUCUGCCGAGAACCCAUCUUGCUCGGUGCGAUGCUCUCUGUCGCAUCGCGCUACGACGUCGCCAAUCACAAUGCUCAUGUCACCGCCGUCGACACCUUCCAUCGCAAAAUCUCGAAAUGGACACAGGAGAAGAUCAGCCGCUCGUUCUUCUUGCCCGCUUCACACACGAUUGGCACCAUCGAAGCGUUGCUCAUCCUCAGCGAGUGGGCGACGUUGGACUUGCACGAUCGACGCACCUCGCCCGACGCCAGCUCGGAUUCGGAGGACUCGGAAGAAGACAUCGAUGACGGGGACGGUCGCGACUCGGAGGCCGACGAGGAAGCGGACGGUGCUUCCACUACAAUCCCAGCCAUCGCCAGAGCCAGAGGCGCCGACUCAAGACUGGAUCACGAAGGAUUACUGCCGCAGCGGGGCAGAUCAAAGCGGUCUGGAGCGAAACCGUCGCAAAAGCCACGACAAGCCGACAUGCGAGAGUCAGAAAAGUUCGACGACACUGCCUGGAUGCUGACAGGGACCGCCCUUCGACUGGCAGAACGACUCGACCUGCACAACGACGCCACGUACAGCGGCAUCUCGAGUCGCAACGUGGCUUCGAGACGAAAUGCGGAGCGCAGAAUGCGCGUCUGGAUGUCGAGUGUGCACGCCGACUGCCACCUCUCGGUUCGAUUGGGUCGCAGGAUCUCCAGUCCCGGACUGGCGGCUCCUUUCAUGAACCUCGUUCGUGACCGCACGCAUCCCUUCCUACUCAAUGCGGACAUCAGCAACAGCAGCGAGGUCGGCUUUCCAUCCGGCUCAAACCGCGCGUGGAUUGCCUUCCGUGCUCAUGCAGAGCUGCUGCAGAUCGUCUUUCGUACAUGCGAGAACCUGUACCGAUCCAAGGCGGUCACGGAGCGACUGUUGGAGGACGAGGACUUCGUUCCAGCGCUCAAGUCGAUCCGGGACGACCUCGACAACUGGGCCAACUGGACGCAGCCGCGCAUCGAACCCACACGAGACAUGACCUCGCUCCGCGUCCGUGUCGAGUAUCACUACGCGCGACUCUAUGCCAACGGGAUCGCGCUCGACUCGGUCAAGCGCAGUCUGCGGACGUUGCGCAAUCACCGGCAGUAUCGUGCAUCGGAAGCGGCCGAGAUCGGCUCGAAAGGCAGGCUGGGCAGAGCAGGCGCCAACGCGACCGCUUCUGCAUCGGCGUCGUAUACCGUCAGCUUCUCGACGCAUCCAGCAUAUCCGUUUGUGCGAGAAGCACUGGCAGCAGCGCAGAGUCUGAUCCGCAUCCUCACCGUGGAACUCGAGUCGAUGAUGUGCGCGCCGGCGAGAUGGUUUCUGCUGCUGGUCAUGGCGACGGUAUUCUGCGUCAAAGCCACGGCCGUGUCGGAUGUGAUCCUGCCGCUCAAACGGUGCGCACAGUCACUGCAGCAAGUGAUCACGGCCUUGGAACGCGCUGCCCCGGACGGCGUGCAUCUGGCAAAUCGCUACUCCAUGUACCUGCGCCAAUUGGCCAAGCAGUUGGUGUUAACAGAUGCCAAUACGAGGACGGCAAGCAACGGUACCGCCCGGGCACGGAGCAAGUCGCGCAACCGGAGCACUUCGCAGCGGGAAGGGGGCCCUAUGGUCUCAGCCGAUAUGCAUCGCAUUGAUGCCGACAAGACAGCACGUGCGAUGGAUGUGCAGGCUGCAGGGGCUGCUGCAGGGACUCGGAAUCGAUACCCCGUCACAGUGGAUGCCGCAACGACUACGACCGAGCCAGCUGCAUUCGACGCGGGCGCCCCUUUCAGUGGCAUGACUGCAAGCACAGCCAAUCAGCACGGUCAGACUUGUAUCACAGAUCGAUCCACAGAAAGCUAUGCAGCGAUGCCUCUGCGUGCUGCAGUCGCCACACCGACUUUUGUCCCAUCAUCCGAGGGCUCGCGCCACAAUGGCCUUUCGGCGGGCAGUGCUACCUGGAACACCCCGACCGGAGUCGAGUGGACUGCUGCAUCGCUGCCAUCGGCACAAGGCAUCGCAGGUGGCUCAGGGUCUUGGUGGAGCACCGCCGACAUUCUGCCUGGAGAAGUGGAUCCUCAGCUAUUCCUCAAAUGGCUCGACGAUCAGACCUCGACGCUUGCGCCUCCAACAUCGCACCAUCCGUUGACGUCGUGGGCGAAUGGGGGCCAGUCGUCACUGCUGCCGGUCCAGCAAGAGACAGCGACGCCUGGACUGCACGCCGCCUCACGGACGAGCACGAGCGACCCCGUAGCCCAGGCUUUGAAUGGAUCGUCCACCUCGAACGCGAGUCCAGCGGCAGGUAUGUCGCUUCCCGCAAGGCAGAGCGGAAGCUACCAGGGGCAGGUUCAAGGGCUGAUGAGCGGCGAUGUUUCACGCGGAGUAGGGGAGGAGGAUCUGCUAACGAAGAUGUGGCUAGAUGACGCACUGACCGACCUUGCUGCCGCUGGACUGGACAUGCCAUUUCUGUAG